AUCUAACUGAGCUGGAUAUAUGAGCCUAGCAUAAAAACAUAAUAUUACCUGGAUUCAUUUAUACAGUAAUUUAUUUCCCGUUCGCUAACAUUUGUAUAUUACUGAUUUUAAGAAUGGGCCCAAGGGAAUUGAUAACUAUACAAUGCGGUCACUUUUCUAAUUUCGUUGGAACGCAUUUUUGGAAUAUACAGGAAUCAACAUUCUGUUAUGACAUCAACCAGGCGUCAUCUAGGGUGAAAGAAAUUGACCAUGAUGUGCUGUAUAGGGAAGGCAAGACAAUUAUGAAUGAAGUGACCUACACCCCUCGUCUAAUUGCAAUAGACUUGAAGGGCAGUCUGAAAACUCUGAGCGUUGAGGGCAUCCUUUAUGAUUGCAACACAGUUGAAGAGUCAGCUGAUGUUAGAUGGGCAGGCGAUGUGACCCUACAUAAAGCUGGCUCACUUCCGAAAAACCAGUUCCUGAUAGAUCUAGAAAAACAGGAUGAACUUUUUGGGGGCACAACAAGCAAUGAAGAAGACAACUCCUCCCAAGAGGCGGACACAACUGAAAUGGAUGAAGAUAAAAUGAAUGAAGAACUAAUGGAGCUUGGCAUUGAGGAAAAAGUAUACGAUCUUGAUGAUUCUGUUGAAGUAUGGUCUGAUUUUCUUCGAUGUCAUCUUCAUCCCAAAUCUGUAGCUGUUAUCAAAGAAUAUACACAUGAAAGUGAGUUGGAGCCAUUUGAGAUAUUUAGUCAAGGGAUGAAUUUAUGGAAGGAUGGAAAAGUGUCUGAUCAGAUGGAGGAUCGUCUGCAUUUCUACACAGAGGAGUGUGAUCAUCUACAGGGUUUUCAGGUGUUGGUGGACUUCUACAAUGGCUUCUCUGGCUUUGGAAGUGGUCUGCUCGAGAGUCUUUCUGAUGAGUAUGGGAGCAAAGGAAUCAUCACAGUUGGUGUGUCGCCCUCUCAAUUUCCCGAAGGGAUUCCUAAACAUGAUAGUCAACAUACAAUAAAUGCAGCGCUAGCUUUUCAGAAUUUAGCAGAGUCCAGCUCGCUUUUCACACCGGUGUCUUUAGCAGAAACUCUUUGGAGAAAACCAGGACCACCUAUUAACUUCCAAAAUUUAGUAUAUAAGCCAAACUUAAAUUACCAUACAAGUGCAAUAUUAGCCAGUGUGUUAGACACAGCUACACUCUCGCUUCGACUAGAGGGCGCUUCAUAUCCUUUGUACCAACUGACUGAUGCAUUAUCUACAAUGGGAAGAAAGGUUGCCACACUGAACGCAUCAUUUCCUUUUGCGAUGACCCAAGAUCAAGCAUUGUCCUCAGUGUUUUGUAACCAUGGUGAUAGACCCUUCUGGAAGUGUCUGACUCCUCAUUCAAAUCAAAAUCUAGCUCCAUUUGUUCAAUCUGUUCUUCUUCGCGGCGUCUCAGAAAGGAAGCUUAACAUAAGAAAUAAUGGUAUUCCAAAGACCAGCUUGGAUGCAUGUUCAACAACUGAGGAUAUGCUACAAAUGUAUUUAAUGGGCGCCUACUCAAGAACACGCAACUCUGGAAAAGUAGUGACAGAACCAUCAAAAGUUGCUACCCCCUAUCCUAGAAUAUUUCCACCAACUUUGGAUAAAGAUGGAUUUACCUUCAGCCCUGGGCAAGAGAAGCCAGAAGUUACGAGGAGUGUUCCCAUGGUAACCUCUAUCCAAUCAACACCAGGCUUACAGACAACCUUGGAAACUCUUCACAAGGAAGCAAAAAAAUUGGACAUCAAGAAAUUUAACACUUACGAACAAUAUGGACUCGAAUCAGAUGAUUAUAACGAAAGCCUCGAGAAGUUGAUUGACCUCUGCAGAUGCUACUCUACGCAAUCAUUCAAUAGCGACUCCUCUUCAGAUGAGGAUUAGGAUUAUGGAUUAUUACAUUUCAUUUUAAUCGCUAGUGUAUGAAUUCACCUAAAAGCGCUUUUACCUGAGAAAAUAUUUUUUUCAGUUGAGUUGAAGGUUGGGAUGCUAGCUCAUUGGUUUAUUUUAUAGUUGAAUGUGAACUCAAGAUAGGAACCACUUAGAUCACAUACAUGCUGGAUCUGACCUAGGAAUAUCUUGGGAUAGAACCAGCAAAUCAGAACAGAGUGUUUAAGCCCCAGCAACUAAUAAAUGUAGUGUAUACUGGCAUAACAAAAAUGUGAUCCGCUGUUGGAAUGCGAUAACCAUAUUACUAAUAUUUUUUAUUUAAUAUUUAUAAUUUGAAUAAACAUUUUGAUAUAUGU